UAAGAUUUAAAGUGGAUUAGGGUUCUUCGUUGGAUCUAACACGCAGCAGCGCAGCGCGAUCACACGCACCGACACGCCAGAACGACACAGUGCUGCUGGAUGUGGCGGCGAAUUUCUUUUCUUUCUUCCAAUCUCUGGUGAGGGGGUAGCUAGAAUCGAGCUAGAAGCUUUAGCGGCCCGGAAGUUUGGUCGCCAUGGGGUUGAGCAUGAGAUACUCGGACGCGCCACAGGUAGCGCAGCUGCUAGUCGCGGGACUCAUCCUGGCAGCAGCUGUUCUGGGAUUGUCAUCGCAUUUCUUGGGAUUCAUUCCAGUCGCGAUUCCGGCCUUCGGCAUCUUUCUGCCCAAGAAAAAGGAGAACCGGCGCGUGAGGGUUUACAUGGAUGGCUGCUUCGAUCUUAUGCACUACGGCCAUGCGAAUGCGCUGCGACAGGCGAGAGCGCUCGGUGACGAGCUUGUGGUGGGAGUUGUGAGCGAUGGAGAAAUUGAGAGCAACAAGGGACCGCCAGUCAUGUCCAUGGACGAGAGGAUGGCGAUGGUUCGCUCCGUGAAAUGGGUGGACGAAGUUAUUGAGGAUGCUCCGUACGCUAUCAACGAGGAAUUCAUGAACAAGCUCUUUACGAAGUACCGCAUCGACUAUAUCAUUCACGGGGACGAUCCUUGCCUUCUUCCCGAUGGCAGCGACGCGUACGCACACGCCAAAAAGGCCGGCCGCUACAAGCAGAUCAAGCGUACAGAGGGAGUGUCGAGCACGGACAUUGUUGGAAGGAUGCUGCUUUGCGUGAGAGACCGGCCACCCAGCGAAAUCCAGAACCAUGCGUCUUUGCAGCGUCAGUUCAGUCACGGCCACAGCCAUGGCCCAGACAGUCAUCCCCAGACUCAGAUCUCCCAUUUUUUGCCAACUUCGCGUCGCAUAGUUCAGUUUUCAAAUGGAAAGGGUCCAAGGCCAGACGCUCGGAUUGUUUACAUUGAUGGCGCAUUUGACUUGUUCCACGCUGGGCAUGUGGCUAUUUUGGAGCGUGCCAAAGCGUUGGGCGAUUUCUUACUCGUGGGAAUUCACACGGACCAAACAGUGAGGACUCGAAGGGGUGCACAUCAUCCGGUGAUGAACCUACAUGAGCGGAGCCUCAGUGUUCUCUCCUGCAGGUAUGCCGAUGAAAUCAUCAUUGGAGCACCAUGGGAAGUCACGAAAGACAUGGUCACUACGUUCAACAUCUCUUUGGUAGUACAUGGAACCGUGGCGGAGACCACUGAUUUUAAAGAGGGUGAUUUCGAUCCAUAUGCGUGUCCCAAGCAGCUAGGAAAAUUCAAAAUUUUGGAGAGCCCCCGGAACAUAACUACGUCAACCAUAAUCGCGCGCAUUGUCGCAAACCACGAGGCUUUCAGGAAGCGCAACGAGAAGAAGGCCGAGAGUGAGCGGAGGUACUACGCGAACAAGCAAUUUGUAAAUGGAGACUAGGAGGGCGAGUAUAGCUAUUUUUCAAUGAUAUAAUCACUUUGAAUAUCUCUAGGCAAGGCA